AUGGAGAGCAACAGGAGAGAGUCGUCGUCAUCGGAAAGCCAGAUACGCAAGAGGCCGUCCGAGGACCAUAGUCCUGCUUCUACUAUCCCCAAAAAGACUAAAUUGACAAACAGCACUCAUGAAUUGCUCAGCGAAGCUUCUACUGACAGCAUCAAUAUUGACAAGGCUAUAGACAAUGAUGACGCCGUGGUUGUCUUCCAAAAGCAUGCAAUUUGGCGACAAAUGCAAGAGUACAAGAGGUCACUAGAACGAGCUCAGAAAUACAUCACUGACUUGGAAUCAAGACAAGAUGCUUACAGAUUGAAUAUUGUCUCCUUAUUCACUUACUGGGAACAGAUACAUGAUGAUAUAAAGGAGCAAGUCUCUAUGAUUGACGGUCAAGCCCCAGUAAAUGGUAUAUCAAAGAACGACUUGGCUCAGAAACUGCUCGCCAACCCUGCUUGUGGAAAGGAAGAGAUCGAAGCAGCUCUAAAUGCAAAAGUCACUUCGAUACGUGCCAUGUUGGAUAUACUGGCUCGUAAAUCUACUCCAAAAUCAAACGGCACUUCCUCUUCUGAGCAGCAACAUGCUUCAUUACAACAAAAGUAUCACCACAUAUGUAAUCAGGUGGCAUCUUUACAAUCCGAAGUAGAAACCGCUAAACAAAGAGAAGCAGAACUGUUAACGCAACUAGAAGAAGCAACAGCUUUGUUACGCGCUGCUGAACGUAAAGCUGAUCGUCUCAGAAUGGCAGAAGGUCCCGCUGGUCGGAAGUCUACUCCUACCAUCCUGACUGGCAAUCACCAGCAACCUCCAACACCACAUUCGAAUCAACUCGCAUCCGCAUCUACACUUUUGUCUGGUGUUCAGGGCUCGCCAACUGCUCCCGUGCUUCAAGCUGUUAAGGUAGAAUCGACUGGAAGUUCAGAGGGUGUUCCCAACCUUGCAUCAACAGCAAUGGCUCCACCACCUCCUCCAAUAUCUGUUGACGACAAGGACGAUGUUGCCCGAUCAGAAGGACUUCUUAUUGCUCAGGCUCUAAGUCAAGCUAGAUUGAAGGCCUUAGAAGAAUUGAAGCGAGAACGAUUGUCACUUCAAGAACGAGUAGAUACAUUAGUCCUUCAGCAAAAGCAAUUCCCAACCAAUAUGGACCUCGUAGCAUCGCAUCCUGAUUUUCAGAAAAUUCUGAAUGACAAUCGUCGCUUGGCUGAUGAAGCACGAGGCUUUCGAGAUCUUAAUGAGAAGCUUGGCAAACAGGUGGAAGAACUACAAUUAGACAGGAGAACAUUUCAGCAACAAGUCGAGGAUGAAACUAUGAGGAAAUUGGAGAGAUUAGAUGCUGAACUCAAGAAGGUCGAAGCAGAUUUACUUCGAGUACGGACUCAGAGAGAUACUUUGGAUGAUUCGCUCAAUCUGCGACUCGCCAAGGAUCAUGCAGACACCGAGUCAAGUCACGAAAUCAGGAAAAUUGCCAAUGCACAAAAGGAGUGCAUAGCAGCACAGACGGAAGAAAUCAGACGUCUCAAGAUAUGCAUGGCAGCUCAAACUGGUGACCAAGCGCUGAUUCAAUAUUUUGCCACAGAAGAUAUUGAUGGUACCGGGAAUCCCAUCCGAGAUAUGAGAAAUCAACUCCAAGCAUUUCAACAGGCCGCGUCUCCGGAAGAUCUCGAGCUUCAGAAAAUACUAGUUGAAAAUGCCGACGCCAAACGUGAAUUGAUGGAAUAUAAAUCCACCUUUGGGGCUCUACCUCAACCAGGAGAAGAUCCAGUGACCCUCCUUUCAAAUCAAUUACGACUGAGCCAAGCAAAGAUUCAGGAGUAUGAACGCAAAAUUCACUCCAUUACAGACGAUACAACUCACUUGGCGUCUGAAGUGAACAAGCUGAUGAAGGGUUUUGGAGAACUUCAAGAUCAAAACACUAGUAAAGUGUUGAUAUUGACUACAAAGGAAGAUCAUAUACUGAAGUUGGUUGCUGAGCGAACGACAAUGAAGCAACAACUGGACAAGAGUCGCAAAGAGACAGCAAAUACUCAAAACUUGAUUACUGCUAUAAGAAGACAGACUGAAAAGCAGACCGAAGUGAUCAGGAAGCUGGAAGACCGAGAGAAUCAACAAUCUCGACAAGUGGCGAGUGCAGAACGAUGUGUAGCUAUCGCAACAGCAGCAUCUGAAGCUCAUCGUCGAGAAAUGACCGUCAUGCUGAAAAAAAGGACGGAAGAAGCCGACACUGAGAUGGAUUUACGUCGAAAAGCACAAGAGCAAGCUGAUGUAUUUAAGAAGAAGUUGGAAGUGCGAGAAGCGGCCCUAGCAGCAGCAACAGGAUCAAAUGGAGCAUCCAUGCCAUCGUCUUCUACCAUAUCCGCACCGUCAGAUGUUGGUUUACAGCAGAGGCUUGAUGAAUAUCGGGGAUUGAUCAUCUGCCGAACAUGUGAUUCUCGAUUCAAGAGUGUGGUCCUAUCCAAGUGCAUGCACGUGUUUUGUAAAGAAUGUAUAGAUGAUGUGCUAAAUGCACGACAACGAAAGUGUCCAACUUGUGGGACUGCAUUUGGUAAGGAUGAUGUUAAAACCAUCUACCUUUGA